AUGUUGGAAGGGCUCGUUGCUGGUCUGCUCAACCGCUUCCUGGGUAUGUAUGUCAAGAACUUUGACCCUACACAGCUCAAGGUCGGUAUCUGGUCUGGCGACGUCAAGCUGCGCAACCUCGAGCUACGCCGCGAGGCCCUUGACCAGCUCAAGCUCCCCAUCAAUGUCGUGCACGGCCAUCUCGGCGAGUUGACCCUCGUCAUACCCUGGUCCAACAUCCGCGGCGCUCCCGUCAAGGUCUUCAUAGAAGAUGUCUACCUGCUCGCCAGCCCCAAGGAGGAGGCCGAGUACGAUGAAGUCGAGGAGGAAAGCCGCCGUCAGCGCGUCAAGAUGGAAAAGCUCGACAGCGCCGAAUUGCUCAAAGAACGAAGCCGUGAAGGAAUGAGUGCAGAAGAGCAACAGAAGAACCAGAGUUUUACGCAAAGUCUCGUUACGAAAAUUGUCGACAAUCUUCAAGUCACGGUCAAAAAUAUCCACGUCCGAUACGAGGACUCCAUCUCCGCACCGGGCCAUCCGUUUGCCUUGGGCCUGACUCUUGAGGAGUUCAGCGCUAUCAGCACCGACAGCCAAUGGAAGCCGACCUUUAUUCAGGAUUCGUCCCAUGUGACGCACAAACUCGCUACCCUCGGCGCUCUCGCCGUUUACUGGAACACUGACACAAGCUUGUAUACCGACCAAGACUUGGAAAACACCCCUCGCGAUCAAGUGCUCGCACAGUUUCGAGAAAUGGUUGGCAAAACAGAAGCAGAAUCUGGAAAGCACCAGUACAUCCUGCGGCCCGUCAACGGACAAGCAAAGAUCGAACUCGAUAAGAGCGGCGAUGUGCAAAUUCCAAAGUCCAAGGCAAAUCUGCUGUUUGAAGAGAUUGGUUUAGUACUGGACGAUGAUCAAUACCGCGAUGCACUAAUGAUGGUGGACCUCUUCCAUUAUUUCCUUCGCCAUCAAGAAUACAAGGCAUUGCAGCCCAAGGGCGUGACUGUCAAGGAGGAUCCUCGUGCAUGGUUCCAAUUUGCUGGUAAUGCCGUCCUGAGCAAGAUCAAAGAACGAAAUCGAAAAUGGUCCUGGGCCUACUUCAAAGAACGUCGCGACGACCGCAUACGCUAUAUUGAGCUGUUCAAAAAGAAGAAACAACAGCAGCCACUUACCCCCGAAGAGAAUGAAGAUCUGUCAAAGCUAGAGUGGAAGCUUAAUUACGAGGAUCUGCGUUUUUGGCGGUCGCUAACGCGAAACCAGCUGAAGAAAGAGAAUGCCGCGACUCUUAAGAAGCCUCAACAACAGGAGCAAACCGGCUGGCUUUCGUGGAUGUGGGGAUCUAAGCCUGAGGGCAAAAUCGAGGAGAACGAGGAAAACACGCAAAUGACGGAAGAGCAGCGGAAAGAGCUUUACGACAUGAUUGAUUGGGAUGAAAAGACAGCGAUUGCCGAGUCCGUCGACCUACCCAGGGAGGCCGUUAAACUCUGUUUGGAAGCUUCUCUCAGCACGGGUAGCUUCACCCUGAAGAAGAAUGCCAACAACAGACCCAUGGAUCUUCUCAGUCUCCACUUUGAUGUGUUCAAAGCCAAGGCUUUACAAAGAACCGAUUCAACCUUGCUCAAUGUUAGCCUCGGCGGCUUGCGAGUCAAUGAUGGUACCACUGCCGACAGCCUGUACCCUGAGAUCGUUCGUGUCAAAGAUGCCCCUUCCACAGAACGGCGCAAGAGACUUUCUUUGCUGGAACUCGAAGCCUCGGAAGUGGAACCUUUUUUCUCCUUCGAGGUAGAAAAGAACCCUCUUGAAAGAGAGGGCGACGUUGCCGUUGUCGGUAAAUUGAAGCCUCUCGAGAUUGUCUGGAAUCCAAACUUUGUCGUUGGCGUUGUCGAUUUCUUUCGGCCACCAGAUCGACACAUGGAAUCUAUUACUGCUCUUAUGGAAUCUGCUGGUGCCACAGUCGAAGGCCUCCGAGAGCAGACGCGAGCCGGUCUUGAAUUUGCUCUUGAGGAGCACAAGACGAUCAAUGCCGAACUCGACUUGCAAGCACCACUUAUAAUUGUGCCCGUUAGCAUUACUACGCAAGACUCAACUUGUUUGAUUGUCGAUGCUGGUCAUAUUCAUGUCAACAGCGAAUUAGUUGAGAAGAGCACAAUGAAGGAAAUCCAGUCCAAGCAGAGGCAAUCUUACAGUGAUGAAGACUUUAAGCGCCUGGAAUCUGCAAUGUACGACAGAUUUCUCGUCAAACUUACGUCGACGCAAGUUCUUAUCGGCCCGUCUAUUAAAGAGACGAAGCAGCAUCUUGCGCAAGGUGGUUCUCAAUUUCAUGUUGUUGAGCAGAUUAAUGUUGAUUUUGUGGUGGCUAUAUCAAUCAUGCCAAAGGCACCCAAUUUGACAAAGCUCAAGGUGUCUGGCCACUUGCCUCUUUUGCAUGCAAUGGUCUCCGACUUCAAAUACAAACACUUGAUGCAAAUUAUCGACGUCGCUAUCCCAAAACUAGGCGACGAAGCACCCGAGCCCCAGCAGACGCUCCAAUCACGCCCUCGAGCCAUCAGCUCCGUGUCCAACAAGUCUCGUCGGAAAAGCAUGCGAGAGAGGCGCCCGUCCGCCCUCGAUGUAUUGCAACCUCAUACUGCAGUUGUACUGGGAGACAUUGAUGAAGAUGACGACGACAGUUUUGAAGAUGCUUCUGAUGGUACGGCAAACGAGCAUCUGAAGAUCCAGCAGCGAAUCUUCCAAUUCGACUUCAAAGUCGACACUCUCAAAGGGUCUCUAUUUAGGAGUGAUCCGGAGAGAAAAAGUCCAGAUACUCUGCUCGUGGAGCUUGUCGCCGAACGGUUUGACUUGGCAUUCUACACCAGGCAGUACGACAUGGCUGCCGAAGUGUCCCUCGGUGCGGUGACUGUGGAUGACUUUGUGGACAACCCCUCCGAGGAAUUCAAGUCGAUAGUCUCGUCCGGAGAUAGCGAAGACCUACAAGCGGGACGCAGUCUGGUGAAUGUCAAGUUCAUGAAAGUCAAAAAGGAAUCGCCAGAAUUCAUGCCACUUUAUGAAGGAAUCGAAACCAACAUCACCACAUCAGUGUCAACCAUCAACCUCAUCGUGACUCGGAAGACACUCCUGACACUUUUAGACUUCAUCUUGAUAACAUUUACGAAUCCUGAAGAAGAACCGGAACCAAAUCAAAUAACGGUGUCAGAUUCAGAGCAAAGCUCAUCGGAUGAAGAAGAGCAAAUGACCGAGGCAAACAAGAACGCCGCCGCCGGCUCCAUUCGUGUCAAGAUUGAUCUCAAGAGUAUUCGCCUGAUCCUGAAUAAUGACGGGAUCCGACUCGCUACGCUCUCCUUUAACAAGGCAGACGUUGGAAUCUUCCUACGCGGCAAGACGAUGCGCAUCUCUGCCAAACUUGGAGAUUUACAGCUUCUCGACGAUGUGAAUCAGGGAGUUUCAAAGGACUCAAAUAUCCGCAAGCUGGUUACCAUCCAAGGUGAUGAUCUGGCCGACUUUAGAUAUGAGACUUUCGACCCUUCAAAUACCAAGGCUUACCCGGGCUAUGAUAGCUCCAUCUUCCUGAGAGCUGGUUCAGUAAAGGUCAACUUCCUCGAAGAGCCUUUCAGGAAAAUCGUCGACUUCCUGGUCAAAUUUGGCAAAAUGCAGGCACUCUAUAACGCUGCUCGACAAGCAGCUAUGAACCGUGCAAACCAGAUCCAGCAAAGCCCUAGUAAGAUUCAUUUUGACGUUGUGGUCAACACACCCAUCGUCGUCUUUCCCAGAGUUGUCUUGUCCGGAGAAGCCAAGAGAGACGUCGUCACAGCCUAUCUCGGUGAGAUUUAUGCACAGAACAAAUUUGCGCCAAUUGACGACAGCGCCGAUGCAGAUGUUGCCAUGAAACUUUCUGCAGGCAUCAGAAACAUUAGGCUCACCUCGGAAUUCAACUAUUCCGAAGAAAGAGUCGAAGAACUGGAGAUGAUCGACCAAGUCGACCUUGGCUUCAAUGUUACUCAUGCUGAACACAAGCCCGGUGUCAAGCGCCCCGACACAGAAAUUGAAGGUUCACUUUCCGAUAUUAAACUUUGCCUGACGCAACAUCAACUACGGUUCUUAAUGGAAAUCUCUCGGUCCGUUCCGGCCGCCUUCUCCGGAGAAGAGGGUGAUGCAGAGGAGGAAGCUGCGAAGAUGGUGGACGAAGACACCCUUCAGCGUGCUAGGAACGCUCCACCAACUGGAGAUGAUAAAUCAGACCAACCAUUAGUCGAUUUGUCACCCGAACUCUCGUCUAUCGAGAACGCGUGGACUACUCUUGAUAUUGUGUUCAAGGUCAACACUAUUGGGCUGGAACUGAUAUUGGCGGCGGAGGAAGACGAGCCCCUUGGCGAUUUAUCAGCAUCAAGUCUCUCCCGCUUUUCUCUUGAUGAAACUCAAGUCAAAACACGAAUGCUUUCGGAUGGAUCACUCGAAGCAGAGCUUUUGAUACAGUCAUUUUCCAUCUUCGAUACUCGACCACGCGAAUCAAACAAGUUCCGCCGCAUCAUGACAUCCAACAGUAAAGAAGCACAGCAGCUGAUGGCUAGUGUGACUAUGUCAGGUGGCAGAGAAAGGAACCUGAUUGCGAUGGCAACCAUUGACAGUCCUCGAGUAAUUUUCGCCUUGGAUCAUCUCUUCGCGAUCCAGAAGUUUGUGUCCGAGGGCCUAGUUGUUAAUGAAACGAGCCCUAUGGAUCACGAGAGUGUUAGAAAUACCACUGACGCGUCUGAUACGGACUCUACACAACUCACUCGACCGGGUUCCGAGUCUCGAGUGUCUACAUCAAUCGCGUCCGGACGAGUGGGUGCAGUGGAGCAUCACAGCCAGGUCGAUGCUAAAAAGCCAACUAUCAACGUCGCUUUUCGAGUCAAUCUGGUGGAUGCACAAGUCAUUCUCAUUGCUAAUCCCGUCACUUCGAGCUCUGAAGCCAUUGUCCUUAGCAUCAGACAGGUCCUCUUGUCGAAGCAGCAUGCUCUGACCUUCCAAGUCUCACAGAUUGGAAUGUUCCUUUGUCGCAUGGAUCAGUUUGAGACGUCGAGAUUGCGAAUCAUCGACGAUUUUUCUAUUCAGCUCAGCAUGGAUAGCUCUCAGGUGGCACUGACAAAUCUUCACUUGGAGAUUGAGCCACUUAUCCUGCGCUUAUCACUGCGCGACAUUCUCCUCGCGCUUCAGAUUAUUGGCAAAGCAGGUGAACUGUCAGGCACUGACACGAAAGAACAUGAGGAGACCGCCGCCGAACAGAAAGCUCGAAGACUUCGUAAGGCAGGUCUGAGCCAAAGAGCGCCUAGCGGCCGCACGUCCACUAUGGCCAAGACCAAAGCGACCAAGACAACAGCGGCAAAGACCAGCAAAACGACCCAGGUAGUGAGCACAACUGUGACACGACGGGAAGAGCUAUCUGCGACUGUUGAAGGAGUUCGCAUUGUCCUGAUCGGUGACCUGCAUGAACUACCUAUCCUUGAUAUUGGGAUUAAGGGCUUCACCGCCACGGCUGAGAACUGGUCAUCAAGUCUCAAAGGCGAACUCGCCAUCAAUAUGUAUUCCAAUGUCUAUAAUUUCUCCAAAUCCAGCUGGGAACCUCUUCUGGAGCCCUGGCAAGUCGGCUUGGGUGUCGCGCGCAAUCCCAAAUCAGGACUCCUCUCCAUUGACGUCAUCUCGAAAAAGACGUUUGACGUAACGAUCACCACUGCGACGAUUGCUCUUGCAUCCAAGUCAUUCGAUUUCCUCACGACCGCACAAGAUGUUCUCGGAAAAGCUCGCGGAGCAGAAGCACCAUACAAGAUUCGAAACUAUACGGGUUUUGAUGUUUCUCUCGAGUCCAAAAGCCCAAUCAGCGAGGAACCGAUCACCUUGCGCUUAGAUGACGGUCAAGAAGGCCCCUGGAGCUUUGAGCACUGGGAGAAGAUGCGCGAAAACCUUUUGACCGAAGCGAACCAAAACAGCGCUGUCAUCGAGCUGGAAAAUAGCGGGUUCGACCCUGUGAAGAAUGUACUUCUGAACAGAGAGGGCGAAUUUCUGUAUGGGCUUCGACCGAAGGCCAAUAGUGUCCUUCACAGGCUCUGUGUUGAGGUGACACUCGGCGACGACAAUGUCAAAUACGUGACUUUGCGUUCUCCUCUUGUCAUUGAAAAUGCUACACAUAUUCCCGUGGAGCUGGGCGUCUAUGAUACGCAAGAAGGACAUCUCCAGAAGAGUGAUAAAAUUGCCCCAGGCGAGUCGCGACCUGUCCCGGUGGGCGCCGCAUACGAGAAGUCUGCACUGAUUCGUCCUGACGGUGGAUUUGGAUACCAAUGGAGCACGGACAAACUAUGGUGGCGCGAUUUGCUAGACCGACCGACCAAGCAAAUAGUUUGCAAGGGUGACAACGGUGAUCCUUUCUACUUCCAAGCUCACGCAGAAUUCAGCAAAUCCAGCCCCAUUACGCGGAUGUAUCCGUACAUGAGAAUCAGAUUAUCGGCUCCUGUCACCAUUGAGAACUUGCUACCAUACGACUUCAAAUACAGAAUCUAUGACGAGAAUACGAAGAAGGACUGGUCCAAUUUCUUACGCAAAGGAGGCGUUAGCCCAGUUCAUGUUGUCGAGCUCUCGCAUCUUCUACUUCUGAGCAUCGACAUGCAAGACACGGUUUUCAAAGCAAGCGGUUUCUCAAUCAUCAAUCCGGGCAAAAGCGAGAGCUUCCGCAAAGAGACCAAGCUUGUCGUGAAAGACGAACAAGGCCUGCCACUCAAUCUCAGCUUACACUACUUCAAAAUACCCAAGAGUGGCGGUGCUUUCAAAGUUACAAUCUACAGCCCAUAUGUCGUCCUGAAUAAAUCCGGGCUCGAUUUGAACAUCAAGGCCAAGAGUUUCUUGCAGAACGCUCGAGCCGCGGCUGGCCAGUCUGCAUUAAUCAAUCGUUGUGACCAUGAAGAUGUCAAGGCACUUCCUUUCAUGUUCUCCUACGGCAGCAGCGAGGACAACCGUAAUCGCGCGUUGCUCAAAUUUGGAGACUCAGAAUGGAGUAAGCCGCAGAGUUUCGACGCCAUUGGUAGCAACUCGGAAGUCAUCCUCAACUCUGCUAGCAAGAACAAAGAAAUUCAUAUCGGUAUCACGGUCAAUUCUGGCGAGGGCAAAUACAAGAUGACCAGAGUUGUGACGCUUUCACCACGAUUUGUGCUUGAGAACAAGCUUGGCGAAGAAAUUUACGUUCGCGAGUCUAGCUCGCCUGGAUUCCUAACCCUAGCGCAAGGAGCUCGUCGUCCUUUGCAUUUCUUGCAAAAGGGCUCUGUCAAGCAGCUGAGUCUAUGCUACGCAGGUGUGGACAGUCACUGGACAGCACCGUUCAAUAUAGCAGACAUUGGCACUACACAUAUCAAGAUUGCGAAGCCUGGUCAGCGUCAACGCCUGAUUCGCGCGGAGAUUCUGAUGGAAGACGCUACUGUAUUUAUCCAACUCAGCAUCGAAACAAAGAACUGGCCUUUCUCCAUGCGAAACGAAAGCGACACCGAGUUCACAUUCUACCAAGCCAACCCUACUGUUGAGGAGGAUGAUGACGAAGACAGAAGUGGCUGGAAGCCGAUUCGCUAUAGGCUUCCACCACGAAGCAUCAUGCCAUACGCCUGGGAUUUCCCCGCCGCCAAAUUCCGAGAACUUGUCAUCGCGACGAGUGGUAAGGAACGCCACGUCAAGUUGGCCGAAAUCGGUAACCAGAUCCCAAUGAAAUUUGUUGGCUCCAAUGGGCAGCAAAAGAUCAUCGACAUCAACGUAGCGGCAGAUGGACCAACACAAACACUGAUCCUGAGCAACUUUCACUCUAGCCAGAGUGUGUACAAGCCAAAGGCUUUGUCACGGACCAACACUAGCACGGAUGGCUUCGAAGUCAAGGAUCAAGAUACUGGAGAGACAUUCCGCGCUCAACUCAAAUUGUCUGGCAUCGGGCUGUCACUCAUCAAUUCGCAGCUGAAAGAGCUGGCCUAUGUCAGCCUAAAAGAUGUCCAGCUCCGCUAUAGCGAUUCUCCUCUGAUUCAAACCGUCGCUUUGGAAAUCAAGUGGAUGCAAAUUGACAACCAACUCUACGGCGGCAUCUUCCCUAUGGUUCUGUAUCCAAGUGUGGUACAGAACAAGGCGAAUGAGGUUGAUGCUCACCCGUCACUGCAUGCCAUGGUCAGCAGAGUCAAAGAUGACUCCUACGGUGUUACGUACAUCAAGUAUGCAUCUAUUUUGCUGCAACAGAUGACCCUUGAAUUGGAUGAAGACUUUAUUUUUGCGCUUCUCGACUUUUCAAAUGUCAAAGGCGCGAGCUGGACCAUGGUGGAAGAGGAAGGCAAACUCUGCGACGACAGCCUUGAUAUUCCAGAGCCGCGCCAGAUGCAGUCUGGACAGGAUAUCUAUUUUGAGGUUCUCAACAUUCAACCGAUGCAGGUUGAUCUCAGUUUCAUGCGCACGGAGCGUGUCAAUGCCGAAGACAAGACUUCAACACGCAACCCGCUCAUGUUUGUGCUGAAUGUCUUGACUAUGGCUCUUGGCAAUGUCAAUGACGCACCGAUUCGAUUCAACGCCCUCAUGCUGGAUAAUGUGCGUGUUACGCCGCAAGUACUGAUACAAAACAUUUCCAACCACUACAGUCAAGAAGUCAUGUAUCAAAUCCACAAGAUACUUGGUUCAGCUGAUUUCUUGGGAAACCCAGUUGGCUUGUUCAACAAUAUCUCGUCGGGAGUCACAGACAUUUUCUACGAACCGUACCAAGGACUCAUUCUAUCGGACAAGCCCGAAGAAUUUGGACUCGGUAUCGCCAAAGGCGCUGCGUCAUUCGCGAAAAAGACCGUUUUUGGUUUCAGUGACAGUUUCUCCAAGUUCACUGGCAGUCUGAGCAAGGGUCUGGCAGCGGCAUCGCUGGACAAACAAUUUCAAGAUCGGCGACGUAUCACGCGUGCUAGAAACCGUCCCAAGCAUGCACUAUACGGUGUCACUGCAGGCGCAAACAGCUUGUUUACGAGUGUUGCGUCCGGUGUCGGCGGCCUGGCCCGCAAGCCGCUAGAGGGUGCAGAGCAAGAAGGUGCCCUGGGCUUCUUCAAGGGCGUCGGCAAGGGCGUACUUGGCCUUGCGACGAAGCCGGCUGUUGGUGUCCUGGACAUGGCGAGCAAUCUGAGUGAAGGCAUCCGAAACACCACGACAGUCUUUGACGGAACGGAGCUGGAGCGCACACGAUUUCCGCGAUUCAUUUCCAACGAUGGUGUGGUGCGCCCCUUUAACGCUCGCGAAGCGAUGGGGCAGUACUGGCUCAAGCAAGUCGACAAUGGAAAAUACUUUGACGAGCAGUACAUUGGCCAUCUUGAGCUUCCCCGUGAAGACAUGGUAAUCAUGGUGACGUAUGCGCGCAUCUUGCUUAUCCGCUCGAGGCGCCUUACGAGCGAGUGGGACGUCCCGCUCAAGGAUAUCCAAACCAUUGCCAAGGAGCGUACCGGUGUCAGUCUGAUUUUGAGAGGCGGCGCUAACGGGCCGUUUGUGCCAGUCGGAGGCGGCAGCGAGAGGAACUUUCUGUACAAGAUGGUGGGAGUCGCAGUGGAGGAGUUCAAUCGCCGCUUUAGAGGAGUCGAGUAA